ACGUUGUAUAAUUUAAUGUAUCCUAUGGAUAUUGACUGCAAAUGUAAAAACCUUAUAGUGCGAAAAAAAACACUCAAUAACCAAAAUCCUUCAGUGGAGAAUGAAAAAAAAAUUUACUCCAUCGACAAGCGAAACCGAUUUUGCCAUCUUUGACCUCCUAGACCCUCAACCCUAAUAGUCCCUUGAAAUUGUCAAUUCAUGAUGUUGAGAACUCUUGCAAGAACCAGAUUGGCAUCCAAUGCCAUUAAAGCAAACCCCAGGCUCUCGUUGGGCUCAAGAGCUUUUGCUUCUCCCUUGGUUGCCAAUACUUUGUCUAAAAGACUGAAUUCAACUUUAAGUGAUAAACCUAAAGAAGUCUUCACUAAGGUUAGUGACACCCAAGAUCCUCAAAGAAGUCCAUUUUUUCAAUACACUUGGGGGACUUGGAUGAAUAAUGAUAAAGUUGAACGUGCCAAAAGACAAACCAAGUUUUCAAUUGAAGGUAUUACCAGCUUAUUAGAAGAUUUGAAUUUGACUAGAAAAAAUUCUGAAAACGUUGACAAAAGUGGUGAACCUUUUGUUAAGAAACCAACUCAAUUAAAGGACGGUUCCAAAGUGUUAACCAACAACCUUUCCCCAGAUUUAAUUGGUAAGGCAAGCAAUGAUCAAUUAUUGGUCAAAUCAAUUGCUAGUAUUCAUGAAGGUAAACACCACAGAAUCUAUAAAGUUACAUUGUCAUCUGAAAAAGAAUUGGUUUUGAGAAUCCCUUACAAAUUGGAAUCAGAUCAUGCAAUUUCAUCUAAAAUCAAAAGUGAAGUGGCCACUUUGGAUUUCUUAAACUUGAAAUUAGGUGCUAAUGUUCCAAAAGUAAUUGCUUAUGGUGAUUCAAGAAAUAAUAGUUUAGAAUCACCUUUCAUCUUGAUGGAAUACAUCGAAGGUGAAUUGUUAAUGAAACAAUGGAAUCCUUUGGUUUCAGAUGAAGUCGAAGGUGCGGUGGAAGAUUUGAAAAAAGUCAUUGACCCUAUUGUGGACUUUCAAGAUAAAUUACUUUCAGUCACUUUUAACAAAUCUGGGUCCUUAUACUUUUUUGAUGAUGUUGAUGUAACCAACCAAGGUGUCACUCCUUAUGAAGGUGAAGAAAACCCUCUUUUAAAAGACAGAUGGAGAAUCGGUCCUAGUGUCGAAAAACAUUUUGCCAAAAAUAAGAAUAAGUUAUCAGAAAAAGAAAUUGCUCAAUAUAACGGUCCAUGGGAUGCUGAGAAACCUUUAGAUCUUAUUACUUCUGUUGCUGAUGUUGAAUUGGCCAAUUUGAAAAAUAGAUUGGCUUUGGCCCAAGCUGACGCUGGUAGUAAAGUUGAAAGUAUCGACUUGUUAAAUAAACAAAUCUCAACUUUUGAAAACUUUAAAACCAUGAGUGAUAAAUUGAUUAAACCAGAUUCUUCAGCUAUUAUGAAUGUUGAAGAAUUAUUUAAACCAAGAUUAUACGCUCCAGAUUUGGAUCCAUUAAACGUUAUUGUUAAUUCUAAUAAAAAAAAUACUCCUUACUUUCUUGAUUUUGAAUAUUCUACUAUCAAACCAUUUAUUUUCUUUAAUUACCCAGCUUUUGUUGCUUACCAAGGGGCUAAAAUUUAUAAUUUACAAGAAGAUAUUCCUGAUUAUGAUAAAUUGGACGAAGUUGAUAAACAACAAUACCAAUUCAUGUACUACAAGACUAGAAAUGAAAGAUUAUGGGAACAUGCCUUGAAUGAUAGAAAACACGAUUUAAUUGCAGUUGCUUCCCCUCAUAUCAAAGUUUUGAAAAGUCCUUAUGUUCAAGCUUUGGAAUUCAAAAAUGAUAAAGAUCAUUUGUAUGUUGAAGGAUCAAUUGUUCAAUUACAAGCAAUGUGGGAGGCCUACGUGGCAAACGGUAUUUGUAAUGCCACCGAAUCUGAAUUCCCAAUCAAAUAUUCUGCGGACUAUUUAGAUCAACACCAAAAAGAUUUGGAAGAAUACCAAAUGGAAAUUGUAUCAAGUCCAUUCGCUGCUACUGGUGGCUGGGUCCCUCACGACAUGUUCGUUCAAUUAAAAGAACAAGGGAUCAUUGUUGAAGAUGCUUCCGGUAACUAUAAAAUUGAAACUGAAGCUGCCUUGAAAGAAGAUCCUCCAGCCAAUUAAAAUUUCGUCUCUUUUCUGUACAUAAAUAAAACUAUAUAAAUAAAAUGAUACAUAAAUAUCAGGUAAAUC